CCGGCGACCAUGUCGUCGUCUGCCUCGGAGACGAAAAGAUAAUUUUUGUUUUUGGUGCGUUUUCGGUCGCGUGACGUUCAGAGAGCUACCUGACCUAGUCGGGCCUGGAGAAGUCAACUUUUCGAGUGUUCUUCAAGAGGUCGUGGGGCUCCUUGAGACACCUCUGCAGGCUGGGUCAUGGUCCUAGUGAAUUCCUUUUGGUUUUGCAAAUGCAAACACCUGAUUGCCCUGGAGACUUAGAAACCAUUCUCUGUUUAUCUAUGAUCAAACUCUGAACAUUUCUGAGCUGUCUAAUGGGCACAUGUAGCACCAAAGGAGUUCAUGGCAGGGGAUCCCAUCAUCGACAUGCUGUGGAACUGGGCAUUUUGGCUUGAACUGUGCACUUAAUUAGCUAUUGCCAUAAGUUGGAUAGGCUUGCUAUGGCGCACAAGGAGAGUGUUGAAGACUGUAAGACUAUUGCUGGUCAGUCAAGUGAGUCCUUAAGUAGUUCAAUACAGCACAACAUGCAAGUCACCACUUUUACAGAAGAUCUGAAGGAUAUGACACUCCAUUUUCAGAUUAUACAGUUACCUAGGCAGAUUUAUGUGUGGAUUGGCUGCAAUUCUUCCAAACUUGGUCAUUUAUAUGCUGCUGCACCAACACGCCCCAGAAAUGAGGUAACUGUUGCUUCAAUACUAGGUGGGGCAGCUGACAAUACUGGUCUUAGUAUUUCUCGCCGCCUAGUCAUAAAAACAGGCCUCAAUAUAGUGCUGGCUUGCAAUAUUCCCAAGAAUUGCCCAAUGAUUGAGGCUGAUGCAGAGAGAUUGCUGCUCCAGAAGCUCAAAAGCCUAGGUUAUAUAAAGCCAAAAUCUGGGAGUGUUGCUAGCUGACAUGUAGCAACUAACCUUGUUGAUGAGGCUUUUUGAGCUGGAAUCCUUGUUAUGAUUGGUCCAGCUAAGUCAUGUAGCCAACAUUUGCAAUUAGUAAGUAUUCUGGGCGGGCAUGAUCCUGAUUACUUGUGCUGCCUUCUGCAGUCUUUGUAAUUUGAUUAGUAUUGAUACAACUGUUCUUACUUAUACAAGAUAGGUCGGUGAUUUGAUGAAGCCUAGCUUUUGUCUUAGCACCUUUCCUUGAUUAUGUAUAUAAGGCUUUCAGCUCUGGCACGGGUA